CGGGUACAUCCAAACACCAUCACUCGGACAAAGAUCGCCUCAACUGGACUCCUUAUGAUCGUGGAUUUCCAGCAACUUUACUGUGGACCUUGUGUUUUGUUGGAGCCUCUAUCUCCAAACACCUACCUUAUUUUGGGGUAGUUUAAACUCACACUGACUGCUCUGUGCUAAUCACGCUUUGGUCAUGAGCUGUUUCGGGUACCGCCGAGAGCUGAGUAAGUAUGAAGAUGUCGACGAGGACGAGCUUUUGGCUUCCCUCAGCCCUGAAGAGCUGGCUGAGUUGGAAAAGGAGCUGGCCGACAUUGAUCCUGACGCCAACGUGCCCAUAGGACUCAGACAGAGAGACCAGACGGACAAGACCCCGACGGGCACCUUCAGCAGAGAGGCCCUCAUGCAGUAUUGGGAAAAUGAGACUCGUAGGCUGCUGGAGGACGAGAUAGGUGGAGGAAGCCCCAAACCGGAUGAAGAACAAGAGGAAGAGUGUGUGACAGAAGAAAACAGCGGAGAAGAGGACGAAAAAGAUGUCGAAAAUGAGAAAGAACAGAAAAAGCACAACACACAACAGGAGAAGGAAGAAGAGGAGGAAGAGGAGGAGGAGGAUGAAGAAGAAGAAGAAGAAGAGGAAGAAGAGAGUGAGGAAGAAGAGGAAGCUGUCACAGAGGAGGAGGAGGAUGAAGAGGAGGACGAGGAGGAACAAGAUAAUAAAUUAAAGCCUGAACCCACAAAGGAUUCUGGGGUGCUGACGCAACGGACCAUCACCCCGAUGCUCCUGAAGCCACAGAGGGUGGAGCCUAUGAGACUGACUCCGCCUCCACCAGCUGUCGACCCGAACGCAACGGGCAACCCAACCAUCGUCGAUGACGCUCUCCAACGAGCUCUGAGCAACGACCCUGAACUCACUGAGGUUAAUCUCAACAACAUCGACGAUAUCUCACAGGAAACCCUCAUCCGAUUUGCUGAAGCACUGAGGUCUAACACACACGUGCGGGUCUUCAGCCUGGCCAACACCCGAGCCGACGAUCCCGUAGCUCUUUCCAUUGCUAAGAUGCUGAGGGAGAACUCAUCCAUCGUCAGUCUGAAUAUAGAGUCUAACUAUGUUACUGGAAAGGGUGUGAUGGCCAUGGUUCAAGCACUUCCUGGAAACAACACCCUGACUGAGCUUCGGUUUCACAAUCAGAGACACAUGUGUGGAGGACAGGUAGAGAUGGAGAUGGUGAAGAUACUGAGGGAAAACUACACCUUGAUCAAGCUGGGCUACCAGUUCAACCUGCCUGGCCCCAGGAUGAGCAUGACGGGGAUCCUCACCAGAAACCAGGACCGCCAGAGACAGAAACGGAUGCAGGAGCAGAGACAGCUGCAGGGCCAACUGGGAUUACCAGAUGGAGCCGUAAACCCCAGAACCACCGCGCUGAAAGGAACUCCUCGUUCUUCACCCUACAGCUCACCCAGAGCCUCUCCUUGGUCCUCACCCAAACUGCCCCGGAAUGACCUGGCUAAAAAACAGACCCCUCCUGCUCCUCCUCCUCCUCCCCCUCCACCACCACCUCCCCCACCUCCUCCACCACCGCCUCCCCCGCCACGGGAGAAGAAGAAGCCCACAAGGAUGAUUGCGGAGGUCAUCAAGGCGCACGAGUCCGUCAGCAAGAAGGUGAGAAAAACAAAAGGUAAGAAGGGCAAGAAGGGGAAGGAGCCGGAGAAAGACGAGACGAGUAGCAUCCUGAAGGAGCUCAAGAACGCGCUGAGGCCCGUGUCGGGGAACGGAAGAGGGGAGGAGGACAGCAGGCCGUCCACACCAAUGAGGUCAGCCCACGACCAGCUGAUGGAGUCCAUUCGCAACUGCAGCGUUCGCAGUCUGAAGCGGGUCGAAGUUCCUCAUCAUCUACGAUAA